CACUAGGUUGGUGGAGCGGCGCAGCGCGGCGCGUAGGAGAGCGGAAAAUGGAAGGUCCGUGCACUGAGAGCGCGGCGCCGUUUUGGACUAGUUAGUUUUGUGACGUAGACUUGUCAAUUGCGAUUUGAGAUGACGUUCACAACCCUAGCUAUCCUGGCCACUUGCCUGGCAUGUAGCCUGACCAAUGCCAAUAGAUGGGAGACCUCAGCUCGAGUGCUGCUGGUCCCCGUAGGACAACGGGAGACGCCCGCCAACGAGUAUGGACCACCAGAACAGAUCUCCACCACCGAAUACCCUCCUCAAACAUCACAGGCCGAAGAAGCAGUCAAUGCCUCUGCAUUCCCAGCCUCUGAACAGCUUCAACAGCAGCCGGGAGUCACCAGUGGAGUGUAUCAUGUGCUCUUGCCUGAUGGUCGUCUUCAGAGAGUGGAAUUCACAACAGCUCCACUCAAAUCUGAUGCAGCACAAAGUUUCACAAGUCCACUACAGUACCAGCAACAGCAAGCAGUCAUUAACAGUGACAUCAGCUUCAGCGGUCAGUACCAGCAGCAACCCCAAGAACGACUUGUCAGCUAUGAGGUCCAGAAGAGCCUCAACUAUGAACUAGCACCUGUACAGCAGUUUGCUUUCCCAGGUGCAUUCCCACAGCCAAGUGAACAAGGACAAACCGCAAAGUUCUCACAGGGCCAAACUGCUGGACAAGCUGGCUUCCAGAAACCAUCUUUCCAACAAAAUCAGUUCGGUUUGAAUACUUUUGAACAGACGCAGACUCAGCAGAAUCAGUUUGGUCAGAGCAGUUUCCAGCAGUCACCUCGUGGAGACAAAUUCAGCCAGCCACAGGCCAGCUUCUCACAAUCAACAAAUAGUAAACAGCAACAGCAGAGUCAGUACCUGAGUCCUCGACCACACGUUGAGUCUCAGAGCAGUCUCAGCCAGUACAAGGCCUCUCAAAGCAAUGCAGGAAGCAAUGGAAAAUACAGUGGUGUCCAGCAGCAACAAUACCAGCCCCAAGCCCAGCCCCAAGUUUUUGGAUACCAACAGAUAUACUUCACCAAAUCUCAAGUUGCUCAGACAGAGCAGUCAGAUGCCGAGACUGUUCCUACACCAGCAGAAGGCUCAGGAUAUGUUGCCAAUGUACAGUACAAGGAUGUGGAACCGAUUCCUGGGCCGAUCUACUCUUACAAUCCAGCUCCACUUGUUCGCAUUCUCAGAAGAUCCGAAUAAAAUCUGGAAUAAGAAAUAAAAAUUGUGGAAGGAAUUAUGGAUUUAUUUAUGACGUUGGAAAUUGUACAAUAAUUAUUUAUGUAAAAACAGAAUGUCAAUCUUCAAAUACACUAUCACUCACAUA